AUAGCGCGUGAGACGGAGGCGGAACGCUCAGAACCUUUUCUGCAGCCGGGGCCGGGACCCAGAACCCGGAGCCAGGGUCGGCUUCUAGUGUGCUCGGUGCCACAGUACCCCUGGCAUACGCCGGCCGCGCGGAGGAGGCAGGAGACCUAGCCCCCGAGGGCUUGGUGCAUCGGCGCUCCCCUCGAGCGGGGACCCUUCCUUGGCGGUUGCCGCCGAGAGACAUGAGGGACAGGGCCUGCCGGUGGCUCCGUGAGGCGGGCUCGGGGGCGGCCUGCUAGGGGAUCCGCGGACGGUGCAGCGGCGCUCGGCCUUCUUCCCAGAGCCUGGGGGCGCGCAGCGGCAGCAUGUUUCCGCGGAGGCCGCUGGCCGCCUGGCUGGCUAGGGCGCGGGGCGGGGGCCUGCUGGGCUUGCUGGCCAAUCAGUGCCGCUUCGUGACGGGACUGCGCGUGCGGCGCGCGCAGCAGAUCGCGCAGCUCUACAGCCGCCUCUACUCUGAGAGCUCGCGCUGCGUCCUGCUAGGACGCCUGUGGCGCAGGCUACGCGGCCGCCCUGGCCAUGCCUCUGCCUUGAUGGCGGCGCUCUCCGGUGUCUUCGUGUGGGACGAGGAGAGGAUCCAGGAGGAGGAGCUGCAGAGAUCCAUUAAUGAGAUGAAAAAGUUGGAGGAAGUAUCAAGUAUAUUUCAGAGCUCUGGAGUUGAGUGCCACCCUCCAGAGCCAAAAUCCCAAACAGAAGGGAAUGAAGACUUGAAGGACAAAGAGCAGCCGUGGGAGAUGGUGAUGGACAAGAAGCACUUCAGGCUGUGGCGGCGCCCCAUUGCGGGCACCCACCUGUACCAGUACAGAGUUUUUGGAACCUACACAGAUGUGACACCUCGGCAGUUCUUCAAUGUUCAGCUGGACACUGAGUAUAGAAAGAAAUGGGAUGCCCUGGUGAUCAAGCUGGAGGUGAUCGAGAGGGAUUCGGUUAGUGGUUCUGAGGUUCUUCACUGGGUGACCCACUUUCCUUAUCCAAUGUACUCUCGUGAUUAUGUUUAUGUGCGGCGGUAUAGCGUGGAUCAAGAAAACAAUGUGAUGGUGUUGGUGUCAAGGGCUGUCGAUCACCCUAGUGUGCCAGAGUCUCCAGAAUUCGUCAGGGUCAGAUCAUAUGAAUCGCAAAUGGUCAUCCGUCCCCACAAGUCAUUUGAUGAGAAUGGCUUUGACUACCUGUUGACAUACAGUGACAAUCCCCAGACUGUGUUUCCUCGCUACUGUGUGAGUUGGAUGGUUUCCAGUGGCAUGCCAGACUUCCUGGAGAAGCUGCACACCGCCACUCUGAAGGCCAAGAACAUGGAGAUCAGAGUGAAGGACUACAUCUCGGCAAAGCCUCUGGAAGUGAGCAGUGAGGCCAAGGCCACUGUCCAGGCCUCUGAGCGGAAGAGCGAGGGCAGCUGCGGCCCGGCUCGCAUCGAGUAUGCCUGAAGGGCCAUGGGAUGAAAAAGGACAGGCGCUCCCAGCCCUGUCUCAAACCCUUAUCACUGCUGCAGCAUGGGGACAAGCCACAAGUAUUGGAAGGGAUCUUCAGGAAUGACCAGUGCAGGACCAUCUGUCUGAUGACUGGUGUCUGGUGUCAUUCAGAGCCCUGCUGUGCUCUGUCAGAGAGAGGGUGGCGUCCAUCCAUGGAGGCCUUGUGUUCUCAGGCUUAUCAUCCUGAAAUUCAAUAUUUCACUGAGCUCGCCCAGAACAACCGUUGCUUCUCAGGCUGAAAGGGGAUGUCACUUGCCUCUGAGGAGUUUCCUCAUGACAUUCCAAACUCUGCUGAUGGCUGUCGGUUGUGCAGCACUUUGGGCUGCCUCCAACCCUGCAGGUCACCUGGGAAGCGUGGCUGGUGGAGGCUUCUCAUGAGGGGUCACGGGCAGUGCUCUUGGUAACAGUCCUGGUGCGAAUGGGUGUGAACGAUACAUGGCCAUGCCAAGUGCCUUGUCCUCACCUUGCUUUUAUCUUUAGGACGCAAAAGUUUGUACCAAGACAUUUCUCUUGUAAAGUACACCCUGCUGACUGAGCAGUCCCCGAAGAUCCCCUUGAGCCAGCCAGUGGCGUUCCUGCACUGUGUACCAGAUCAUUGCCUCCUACCCAGCCUUAGGAUGUUUACCAGGAACACUGGAGCUGCACCCUCCCAGACAGGCGCUUCUGUGUCAUCGGUGUUGAUAGGGCCAGUGGAAAUGUUCACAGCAUCACAUUAAGAUUCAAUUUAGGGCCAGGGAUUUAGCUCAGUGGCACCACGCCUGCCUGGCAAGCACAAGGUCCUAAGUUCAUUUCCCGGUACCAAAAAUAAAGAUAAAUUCAACUUAAUUUUUUUUUUUUCUUUUUUCCUUUUUCUUUUUUUGGUACCGGGGAUCGAACUUAGGUCCUUGCACUUGCGAGGCAGGCAGUGGAACCACUGAGCUAAAUCCCUGGCCCACAAAUAUUUUAAAAUAUUUGUGUCAAAAAGGAGUUGAGUGAGAUUUCUCCUCAGUCCCGCUGUGAAAAGUUUUGGUUCAGGCAUUGUUUCCCCCACUUCAGGGUUGACUUGUCCUCCUUGGAAGGCUGAUGGCAGAGGAGUGGCCUGGGCCUCCGGGAAUGCUCAGAGCCGUGGGCCAGCCCUGUGGGCAGAUAGAUGGAAUCUUGCCCAGACAGUGACAGAGCUCGGAUAUGGCGUGUGUGAUCCUCUUGUUGCUCUAAAAAGUUUUUCUUCUCUCUAGAGCUGAAAUAAAGGUAGGAUAAGGUCAUACCCAAAUGGUAUUGGCUUGGUUUCACUGGUUUUGCUUGUGGUCAUGUUGCAGUCUCUUGGGAGAAUAGGGAUCAAGUUUUAAAUCCUCCCUCUUCUGGAGUUUAAAUGGCUGUUUCCCCUUUUUUUCCUGCUUGCUACCCUGUUUUGUUGAAAAAGGAAUCUAAACCAGAGACUAAUUUAAGCCCCUCCUUGACCUUGUUGCCUGUUCAGUUUUGUGCCAAGGACUAAAUAACUGCGCCAGGGUUUGUCGCCCUGUUGGGGUGGAUGGCAGAGCAGACCUGCAGCGAGAAGUCCUCUCCUCAUAGGACCUAACCGAAGCCUGGAAGAGUCCACAUUCUGUCCGAACUCAGUGCCUGUGGUUGUGAGUGGGUGUGCACGCGAGUGUGUGUGUCUGUGCGAGUGUGUGCACAGGUGCUUGGCAUUUGUGGUCACCCUUGUUCUCAGUCAUUUGAUUCUGUACCGUUACUUCUGUCAUUGUAAUUUCACUCCUAACUGUGACAUUUUUAUCAAAUUUGUGAAUAAAUAUAUAAAGAUUGGUACAAAACAGUAUUUGUCUUUGGACAAAUGGGGAAAUCCUACAUGCCAGGCGUGUGUUUCUUCCUGACCCCAGGUGUGAAGAGUGUCCUGGGAGUUGGAUGGUGAGGUGGCCAGGCUGGUGCCACCAGCCACCUUAUCUAGACUGCAGGUCCUUUCUAGGUGCCAGCUUGGCAGCUAACAGUGUCCACUUCAUGUCUUCAUCCACUGGCUCAUGUGUGUCCUCGGUGGGUAAGCUUUGCCUAGGUGACAUCUGUUUGUUGUAUACUUUUUCAUGUAUGAAACUGCCACUAUCUUUGUGUCACCAGGCAAGCUUUUGAGCUUGGGCACCCAAAUCCAUUUUUCCGCAAACCUGGAAGUGGCGUGUGGUUUUGCGCAGUUUGACUUAGGAAGUGUUGGCGGCAGGGACUGUCCUGGGACUGGAGGACUGUACUCAAGUGUCCUGAGGUAUCUGUGGCCUGGGUGGGCUUGCUGUCUCAUAAUUCACAUGGCCUUAUUAUGAAGUUUUCACUUUGAAAAUGUCCAGAUAUAUUAAAAAGCUGGAAUGAUUUUUUAAAACUGCUUUGUACCACCCUUCCCUACCCUUACUGGUUGUUAAUUUGUGCUUGCUCUUUGUAUGCUUUUUGUGUGUGUGGUACAGGGAAGUGAGCUCAAGGCUUUUGCACUGAGCUACAUCCCCAACCCAUUUUUAUCUUUUUUGAGACAGGGUCUCUCCAAGUUGCCCAGGCUAGACUUGAAUUUGUGAUCUUGCCUCAGCCGCCAGGGUGCCAGGAUUACAGGAAUCCACUACCAUGCCUGGCUAAUCUUUGUAUACCUUUUCGUGAUCAUUUGAAUGUUAAGUUGCAAAGAUAUUUCACCCCCUCAACAUAGAGCAUUGCUUUUUUUGCCGGGGGGGUACUGGGGAAUGAAUUCGGGACCUUGUGCUUGUGAGGCAGGAAGCAGCACCACUGAGCUAAAUCCCUGGCUGAGUGUUGCUUUUUAUAAGGGUAUUACAGCAGCAUUAUCACGUAAGAGAAAUUAGUGUCACAGUGUCUGAUAAUGCAGUUAAUAUUGGAAUUUCCCCAGUUGUCUAUUGUCCAAAUGACCUGUUUGUGGGUACCAAGGAUUGUACCUAGGGCCUUCCCACUGAACUACAUCCCCAGCCCUUUUUAUUUUCUGAGAUGAACAUCUUACUAAAUUGCUUGGGUUGGGUUCAAACUUUCGAUCCUCAUGCCUCAGUCUCCUGAGUAGCUGGGAUUAUAGAGGUAUGUACCACCUUGCCCAGCCCGAAUGAUUUUUAUAGCCUCCUCCAUUCUUGCUCAGUUAAGUACUACAUUUUGUGCUUGUCUCUAGACUUUUUAAAUCUAGAACUACCCUACCUGUUGAACCUUCACCUGUGCUUCCUGUGGAGCAAUGUAGGCUUGGCUGCACCUGGGACCUUCGCAGACUCCCAAAGCCUCGGUCCCUCCUGGGCUAGCAGCAUCUCUCUCUCAGAUAGUUGUACCACCUAAGGUGAAUAUAUUGCUUGUUGAAUGUGAGACAGAAAUAAAACGGGCUGCAGUCUCCUAUGUGUGCAAGCUCCCUGUCAUUUCACAUUGAGCUCAGAUCAGCCAAUAAUAGGUGUCCUUUCUGAGGCCUUGGUGUGUCAGGCUCUGUGCUUUACACUUUCUUUUUUUCUUCAGUUUUUUGAGACAGUCUUGCUAUGUAUUCCAGGCUGGCCUUCAACUUUUAUGUAGCCUCGGCUGCUGAUCCUCCUGAGUGCUGGAAUUACAGGUGUGGGCCACCACACUGGCUCUGUGCUUGACACUUUGGAUCCUACAGCUCUGUCAGGGUAUAGCAAGCCUUGUGUAGGUGAGGAAGUGAAAGCCGAGGUUAAGUAAUUUCCUUGCUCAAAGGCACACAGGAAGUGAGGUAGGGCCAGGAUGCUGACCUGGCUUUGACCUCUGAAACACCUGCAGCAUAGCUUAAAACUGAAGUUAGUUUCUCAUAAACACAGGGCUGUGUUCUGUCCCCUGGUGCAGGCAACUUGUUUGAAAGCUUGGAUCAGUGGCUGACUUAUGCGCCUCACACCUGCUCUGGGUGCUUGGGUGCUGGAGCUUUCCCUCCUGCAUCGGCAUUUCAGGCCUGUUUGUGAGGAGCUGAGGUACCACUGUUGUUUUUCUCCUGAGAAUUUCAGGAUGUCACACUCGACACAUGGUGUUACAGAAGGAGAUGGGAAAGUACGCAGGGACAUUUCCUAAAUACUUAAUUUCAAAAUGACCACUCUGAGACACAGAAGUCAAAAUUCUUAGAGUGAAAGCACUCUUUUUUUUUUUUUUUUUUGGUGCAGGGGAUCGAACUCCUGACCUUGUGCUGGUGAGAUAGGCAUGCUGCCACUGAGCUAAAUCAGUGGUCUGAAAGCACUCUUAAAAUCUGAUAGCUAAGAUUUCUAAUGAAAAUGCUUAAAAGCCUCAAGAAUGAAACGUGUAUGGAAGACAGUGGUCUUAAUGUAAAGUGUGUUGUCUCCACACCGGAGCAUCAAAAAACCCUGGGUUCUAGUCACAGUCAAGUCACUUCCGUAACCUUUCAGCUGACUGUGGCCACAGCUGUCAAUAACGAACAAAUGACCUGCACUUACCAUCUACUUCUAAAGAGCCUAGACCCACUUAAGGAGGGCGAAUGUUUGGAAGCAGUGCUUUGUGGGUGUUUCCGAAGUUAGUGCAGAUGGGAGUUAGGGUUGUGUUCCACCCCAAGGGGUAGGAACCACAGCGUGGUGAGAAUGAGGUGUGGGCCUCCUGCUCCUGCUCACCCCUAACAAACUCUUCCCCCUGGAUCUCAAGGGAUGGGACCCAAGCAUGCCAUGUUUUCAAAGUUCCCAGGGACCCAAAUGUGCAGCACAGUAGAACCUCAAGUUACAACUGGCCUGACAUAGAAACAUCAUGGGUUACGACCAGAAUGUUAGCUUUAAUUUAUGACCAAAGUCUUGAGUUAUGACCUCAAUGCCAGCUGCUUGUGCUUUCAGAUGGUCUCAGAUACAAAUUGAACCCUUAAAGAGCUCUGGAAGGAACAUUACAACAUCCUUUCCUGUGGUGUUAACUGAGAAAUCCUGGGCCAGUGUCUCUAAAGACACAGACAUUACAGGACAGAGACUUUGAAGGCUGUGUAGAGGAGUCUGAGCCUUCAAUCGAGCAACUUGAGUUACAACAAGCCCUCAAAGAAUUGAAUUUGUAAGUCAAGGGUCAACUGUACUUGGGAAGCACUGGGGAAGUGGUUGAAAGCCCAGGCUCUGGAGUUGGAGCUGAGAGUGACCUUGCAUGAGGUAGUGGAUCUGGGUCUCUUUCCUCAUUUGGGAAAGGAGUUAGCGUGUCCAUCUCAUAGGAUUGCUGUGAGAAUUAAUGUACAGCUGAUCUCGAACAACUCAGAUUAGGGGCACUACCCCUGUGCAAUUGAAAACCCACAUGUAACUUGACUCCCCCAAAACUUAUUAGCCUGCUGUUGACUAGAAGCUUGUGGGUAGCAGAGCUGAUGUACACGUAUUUUGUAUGUUACUUGUAUUACAGUAAAAACCACAAAAGAAAUGUAA